ACCAUUCUCCUCUUCGUUUUCCUCUUUCCUCUUCCUCCUAUAUCCAAACCUUCGCUUCUUUUUUUUUUUUUCCUGCUCAUUUCGCUUUUUCUCCAGUAUGGACGAAUCCGUUCCCACGAUCGCCAAGGACGUCACGGAGUUGAUCGGCAAAACCCCGUUGGUGUACCUCAACAAUGUGACCACGGGGUGCGUCGCGCGUAUCGCGGCGAAGUUGGAGAUGAUGGAGCCCUGUUCCAGCGUCAAGGAUAGGAUUGGAUACAGCAUGAUCGCUGAUGCGGAGGAGAGAGGGUUCAUCACACCUGGGAGGAGUGUGCUCAUAGAACCCACCAGUGGAAACACUGGAAUUGGACUGGCCUUUAUGGCAGCUGCAAAGGGUUAUCGGCUCAUACUGACGAUGCCAGCUUCAAUGAGCCUUGAAAGAAGGAUCAUUCUUAAGGCUUUUGGUGCUGAACUGGUUUUAACCGAUCCAACUUUGGGCAUGAAAGGAGCAGUCCAAAAGGCAGAGGAAUUGGCGGCAAAGACGCCCAACUCUUAUAUCCUUCAGCAGUUUGAAAACCCUGCUAACCCAAAGAUUCACUAUGAGACAACUGGGCCUGAGAUUUGGGAAGGAACUGCAGGCAAAGUUGAUGCCCUAGUAGCUGGUAUAGGUACCGGCGGUACUAUUACGGGAGCAGGAAGGUAUCUCAAAGAGCAAAACCCUAAUAUCAAGCUGUACGGGGUGGAACCAGCUGAGAGUCCUGUCUUAGCUGGGGGAAAACCUGGUCCGCACAAAAUCCAAGGAAUAGGAGCUGGUUUUAUACCCGGUGUUUUGAAUGUACAUCUCCUUGAUGAAGUUAUCCAGAUCUCAAGUGAGGAGGCAAUUGAAAUGGCAAAAACACUUGCUCUCAAAGAAGGGUUGUUGGUUGGAAUAUCAUCUGGAGCUGCUACAGCUGCAGCGAUCAGAGUUGCACAGAGAGCAGAAAAUGAGGGGAAACUAAUUGUUGUUGUGAUCCCAAGUUUUGGCGAGCGCUAUCUUUCCACGCCGCUCUUCCAAUCGAUCAAAAAAGAAGCUGAGAGUAUGGUUUUUGAGCCCUAAGAGGUGAGAACUCUAAAUCCACCCUCCUUUUCACAUUUUCUUAUCUCAAUAAUUCUCUCGUUUGCGUGACUUCUGAAAUCAUCUUUGUUUGGUGAUGAACUUGUGAAAGUGUGUUUUGUUGCACUUGGAGUCUGUUUUGUACACUGAGAAUGUGUUAUAAUGGUGUAAUUAAUCGUCUUUUUUUUUCCUUUUUC